AUGCGGCUUGUUGUACGCAUGUUUGAUCACGGGGUCACACAGAAGAUUGAUUUGACGCCCCCAAACUGGAGCGGACACUGGCUUUUCAUCCCCGUAAUGACCCCCCUGUACUAAAAAUUCCAUUAGACCCAAACUCGAUUGAGAUCACGAAAAGCAUAUGGAAGGCGUGAGGGGUAGCUGUCCAUACUAGAUUGCCUCCCACGAGCCCCCUGCCUGAGGUCCUUUGGUAUCGAGGAUAGAUAUAUUCAAAACGUAAAAGCCUAUUUCUUACUUCCCCCCCCCCCCCGUGCCCCCAAGUGGGUUGGCGCUGUUGGCAAAGCGCUGUAAAACACGCCACCCCAAAUAUAGCCCCAUAGUAUGCGCUACCAAGGACGCGUAACGCAUGGACGAGUUGAGUGAGGAUAGUUGUUUACGAAAACCUCACAGGUUGAGUCAUGUAGGAGAUUGCCGGACACAUCGACAUGUUGAGUGAUUAUAGCUGUAUACUAAAACCUGAAGAGUUGAGUGAGGUUUGAGAUUGCCAGACACAUCGACGGUGGGGAUAGCUGCAUACUGAAACCCCACGGGUUCAGUGAUGUUGGAGUGCCGGACACAUACACGCGUUGAGUGAAGACAGAAACAUACUGAACCUCACAGGUGAUUUGUGAUGGAGAUCGCCGGACACAUAGUCGUGUUGAGUGAGGAUAGCUGCAUACUGAAACCUCACAGAUGCAUUGAUUUGCCGGACACAUAGACGUGUUGAGUGAGGAUAGCUACAUACUGA